AAGGAAGGCUUAUAUCGCCUCUUUAGGCCCUACUGCGAAGACUACUGAUACUUUCGCUACAUUCUGGAGUAUGGUUUGGAAUGAGAAAUCUGACAUCAUUCUUAUGUUGACAAAUCUUCGUGAAGCUUCGGGUAUGAAGUGUGAACAAUACUGGCCAAAAGUGGAUAAAGAAACGUUGUAUGGUCAAAUCAAAGCAAAAUGUCGAAGUGUAGAAGAAUAUGCCGAAUACACAGUCAGAACGUUCACCAUUGCAAAGGGUGAAGAACAGAGAAACCUACUACAGCUACAUUACACGGCAUGGCCUGAUAAAGGCGUUCCCCAGGAGGUAACGAGCCUUGUAGAAUUCCGACAAAGGGUGAAGGCAGUGCCGGUGACAUUUGAUGGUCCCACCAUAGUCCAUUGCAGUGCUGGAGUAGGUAGGACAGGAACCUAUAUUGCUCUAGACCAGCUUACAGAAGAAGGCAAGUGCGAAGGAUCUGUUGAUGUAUUCAACUGUGUAAACAGAAUGAGGGAGCAAAGGGUCAAUAUGGUCCAAACUGCUGAGCAGUACACAUUUCUUUACAAAUCGCUGGUACACUCGCUUUCUUUCGGAUGCGAGGCACUGACAGCUGAGCAGAUACAAGGAAUUAUGUAUGAGACAGAUGAUAAGAUGUUCACAAAGAUGUAUCAGACAUUACGGCAAGAAGUUGAUAUCGAGAGCAAAGAAGAGGUAGACGCACGUCAGGAGAACAGACGAUUAUAUAAGGACAAGAACCGGCGACAGUCUGAUAUACCCGGAGGCUGUAGUCGAGUGCGUUUGUACCUCUCCAGGAAGGACGGACAACAUGACUACAUCAACGCCGUUUUCAUAAAUAGUUUCAGGAUCAAGAACCUGUUCAUUGCUGCACAGUCUCCGCUUCCAGGAACUAUUGAAGACUUCCUCAGCAUGAUAUAUCAACAAAAUAGUACAUGUGUGGUAGCAUUGGAGGAGCCACACAGUCAACACAAGGACGUUGGAAAAUAUCUUCCUGCUGAUAAUGAGACUUACACCUUUGGCAGUUUUACUAUAAUGAGCUCAAAGUUUGCGACAAAACCACAGUAUGUCUUGAAAAAAUUAUCCAUUCGCAAUGAGAAGGGUGAGGAGAAAACAGUUUCUCACUUCCGGUACAGAAACUGGGAAAAUUCUAAGAAAGUUCCAGAUAUCGCCGAAGAAUUUGUCCAGUUUAUAAAAGAAGUAGAAAACUGCAUCCGUCGACGAACGGAGGACACGCCUAAUAUAAUAGUUCACUGCUUAAACGGCUACGAAAGGUCUGGAUUAUUUUGUGUCGUUUACAAACUGCUAGAGAAACUGGAGGCAGAGCGACAAGUCAGUGUUGUUAACACUGUGAGGAAAAUCAGAACACAUCGGAAGCAGUCGAUCACAUCUGUGGAACAACUUAAGUUUUGCUACCAGUGCAUUUCUGCCUACAUGGAAAUAUACAACACCUACUCAAACUUUGCUACUUGAGAAAUUUGAGAACUUGGCUUGAAGCAGGACAUAGUGAGCAGUAAACUAACAGAAACGUAUAGACACUUUACCAAUGAUUGAAGAUUGUAAAUGAAUCUCAAAUACUUCCAAAUUAGUUUUGAUGUACAUAAUCGUUUGCUUACUAUUGGAUUAACAUUCCAUAUUUCAUUACUAAUAUGUUAAAUAUACAUGUUUUCUCAGGAAACGUGUUUCAUAUAUAUUAAUUAAAACUUCUAACGCC